CAGGGCACAGAUACUGAGAAGCUGCAACCAAGUAAGAGCGAGGGGUCCGUAUUCUGUGCAGCCUCUCCCGUUCCCUGUUCCACUAUGCCUCUGUGGCCCUAAUUUGUAUGGGAGUUUGGAAACGGUCCAUGCAGAGGUUCUGAAGAGGCAACGUAUGAGAGGAUGGAAGCCCUGGGAAUGUACGAGUUUAAUGCUUCUGGGGAAGAUGAGCUGAGCUUCAAAAAAGGGGACAUACUAAAGAUCUUAAGUUCUGACGAUAACUGGUAUAAAUCUGAACUCCAUGGAUCUGAGGGCUAUGUUCCCAAAAACUAUGUGGAAGUGCAUUUUCCCAGGUGGUACUGUGAGAACAUUUCCCGUGGAGAGGCUGAGAGUAUACUCAUAGGCAGAUAUGUGGGAGCAUUCAUCAUACGUGCCAGCCAAACUUCCAAAGGGGAAUUCUCUUUGUCAGUCAGGGAUGAAGAUGAUGUUCAGCAUUUCAAGGUAAUGAGAGACAACCGUGGCAACUAUUUCUUGUGGACAGAGAAGUUCAAGUCCCUUAAUAAGUUAGUGGAUUACUAUAAAGCUGCAUCAAUUUCACGACAGAAAGAGAUCUUCUUACGGGAGGAAGGCUCAGAAGCACAGGUGAAACAAGUGGAAAAACAAGGAAGGGAUCCCAGACCAUCAGGAGGAGCGAAUGCAGGGAAAUUAAUGCCAAUGGGCUCACAGAUGAACUACCCGGAGCCAGAACCCAUCAGAACUAACAUUGUUUCCUCAAAACCAGCUUGUGUUCCCCCAGAGGUGAGUCACCAGAAUCCUGUGGCACAGGCAAGUGGAGAAUGCAGCAAAAUCCCUUCUUCACUCAAGAGGCCAAGCAACCCUCAGCGGGCACAGGCCUCUUCCACCCCACAGCGAAUACAGAUGGUAAAGGCUCUCUAUGAUUUCCAGGCCAUGGAGCCUGAUGAACUUGGCUUUAAAUAUAGUGACGUCAUCGAAGUACUGGACUGCUCUGAUAGAUCUUGGUGGAUGGGACGGUUGGGAGAAAGGGUGGGCCUCUUCCCAACCAACUACGUGACCAUCAUUGACCGAUGACAGCAUUUGGAUACACAGGCACAGACCAGUAAGGCACAUCUUUAGAAUAACAAGAAAAUGAAUACAAGGGUGGAGCACAAAUAGGAUGAGGAGUCAAGCCACUUGGGUACCACCAGUAACGAACUGUGUACUUUUCCGAACAAACUGGCAUCUGUACAUUUCCACACAUAUUUAUAUUCCUUGUUGUUUUUAUACAUUGUCAAGGCUCAAAAAAUUAAAACAAUUUUGGUUA